GGCUCGCUUUCUGCGGGGCGCUUUUUUCCGUGGUAUUGAAUUGCCGUGUCAAUUUGUUGCGCCAUUAACCCACGCUUCACAGCCUAUUGACCGAUCUUUUUUGAAUAUUACCAACAGAAAGAAGACAAAAGACGAAGAAAGAAAAAGCACUCGUAUUAUUCUGCUAUAUUUAGCGGAACAGCCACAGAAACGAAGUGUUGCUGAGUGAGCAUUGGGCUUAUUUAUAUGCGAACCUCUCGUUUUCUGAGGGACGGGGAAUUGGCUUUGACUCAUCUAUCCACCCUCAGGCCAAACCCCAGAACAUUCCACCACCCUCUUCCGAACCCAGCAAUAUCACGCACAAAUCACACCUGCACAGUUUUCAGGAUGAGCUCGGAUUCGAAUGGUCCUAAAUGGACCAGCCAGAAAGUUCGGGAUACUUUUCUUGAUUAUUUCAAGGAAAAUGGUCAUACAUUCGUCCCGUCUUCUCCAGUUGCUCCUCUCUCUGAUCCUACUUUACUUUUCACCAAUGCAGGGAUGAACCAAUUCAAGUCCAUUUUCCUAGGCACUGUGGACCCCCAUUCGGACUUUGCAAAUUUGAAAAGUGCAGUGAACUCUCAGAAAUGUAUCCGUGCAGGUGGAAAGCACAAUGACCUGGACGAUGUUGGAAAGGAUAGUUACCAUCAUACUUUCUUCGAAAUGCUGGGCAACUGGAGCUUCGGCGAUUAUUUCAAAAAGGAAGCAAUUUGCUAUACUUGGGAACUCCUGAUAAAGGUAUAUGGUCUGGAUCCUGACCGCUUGUAUGUGACCUACUUCGAGGGCAAUGAAGCUGGCGGGCUAGACCCAGACCUGGAGGCAAAGGAAUUGUGGCGUUCUGUUGGAGUUCGCGAUGACCAUAUCCUACCUGGAAACAUGAAGGACAACUUCUGGGAAAUGGGUGACCAAGGCCCUUGUGGACCAUGCAGUGAGAUUCAUUAUGACCGGGUGGGCGGACGGAAUGCCGCCUAUCUUGUCAACCAAGAUGACCCGGACGUACUUGAAAUCUGGAAUAAUGUUUUCAUCCAGUACAACCGUGAGCCUGAUCGGUCUUUGAGGCCCCUUCCGAACAAGCAUGUCGAUACAGGAAUGGGAUUCGAAAGACUCGUGUCAGUACUUCAGGAUAAACCGUCAAACUACGACACCGACGUUUUCUCUCCUCUGUUCCAGGUUAUUCGCGAUAUAACCGGAGCUCGGGAGUAUCGAGGAUUGUUUGGCACUGACGAUCCUGAUGGCAUUGAUACAGCCUAUCGAGUAGUAGCAGACCAUGUCCGAACCCUAUCAUUUGCGAUUGCAGACGGUGUGACACCGAACAACGAAGGUCGCGGAUACGUCGUACGCCGUAUACUGCGCAGAGGUGCUCGCUAUGCUCGGAAAUACUUCGGCGUUGAAAUUGGGAACUUCUUUUCCCGAAUUGUACCCACUGCAGUCAACCAGCUGGGCGAUAUGUUUCCUGAAUUGAGAAAGAAACAAAAUGAUGUCAUGGAGAUACUGGAUGAAGAAGAGAUUUCCUUCGCGAAGACGCUUGAUCGUGGCGAGCGACAGUUCGAACAUUAUGCCCAGCAAGCUAAGGUGAAAGGCGUUGACAAACUUCAUGGCGCCGAUGUUUGGAGAUUGUACGACACAUUUGGAUUCCCUGUCGAUUUGACUCGGCUGAUGGCCGAAGAAAGAGGUCUACAGAUAGACGAUCUAGAAUUCGAGGAAGCGCGCCUGAAGGCCAGAGAAGCAAGCAAGGGUCAAAAGAAAUCCGCGUCAGAUGCCGUUAAGCUUGAUGUCCAUGAUCUGGGAAAGCUGGAGAAAAUGACCGACAUCCAGAAGACAGAUGAUUCCGCCAAGUUUGAAAAAGGCAACAUUAUUGCCCAAGUCAAGGCGAUUUAUCAUGGUAAACUGUUUCAUUCGUCGACCGAAGACAUACCCGAUGGAGAACAACUUGGAGUUAUCCUUGAUCGCACCAACUUCUAUGCCGAGCAGGGUGGCCAGGAAAAUGACACUGGCAAAAUCAUUAUUGAUGGAAAAGCAGAGCUCGAGGUUGGCGAUGUUCAGCUGUACGCUGGCUACGUUCUCCACACGGGUUUCAUCAAAUAUGGUUCGUUCGCCGUUGGCAACGAGGUCAUUUGCGAAUACGACGAAUUAAGACGAUGGCCGAUCAGGAACAACCAUACAGGGACACAUAUCCUUAACUUUGCUUUAAGAGCAGUCCUUGGUGAUAGUGUUGAACAAAAAGGCUCUUUGGUUGCCGCUGAAAAAUUGAGAUUUGAUUUCUCGCAUAAGUCAGCUAUAUCAGAUAAGGAGUUGGAAAAGAUCGAGGAAAGAUCCACUGAAUAUAUUCGACAGAACUGUGCUGUAUAUGCGAAAGAGGUUCCUCUUGCAACUGCACGGCAAAUAUCGGGUGUCCGAGCAGUUUUUGGGGAGACAUACCCUGACCCCGUCCGCGUGGUUUCCGUCGGAGUAGAGGUGGAAGAACUACUCGGUAAUAUUAAGGACCCACGUUGGGAGGAGGUUAGCAUCGAAUUUUGCGGUGGCACCCACGCUCAGAAAACAGGCGAUAUCAAGGACCUGGUUGUUUUGGAAGAGAACGGCAUCGCCAAAGGCAUUCGCAGAAUCAUUGCCGUUACUGGGGAGGAUGCUCAUGAAGUACAAAGGGUGGCAACGAGCUUUGAGGGGCGCCUCGAUCGUCUGGAGGCGAUGCCUUUGGGUCCCGUGAAGGAGCAAGAGGCAAAACAGAUCCAGGUAGAGCUCAAUCAGCUCUCAAUAUCUGCUGUCCAGAAAUCGAGACUCCGGGAACGCUUUGCGAAGUUGAACAAGCAGGUUAUUGAUGGACAGAAGGCGCAACAAAAACUUGAGGCCAAGAAGGCACUUGAGACGAUAACCACCUACUUCCAAGAGCCUGAAAAUCAAGACAAAUCUUGGCUUGUUGCUAACCUGCCAAUAUCAAACGCAAAGGCUGUUAGCGAAUCACUGAAUUACGUCAAGUCGAAACUACAGGGCAAGACGGUUUAUCUUUUGGCAGCAGAUCCCCAACAAGGACGUGUUGCUCACGGCUGCCAUGUAUCCAAGGAGAUGAGCGAUAAAGGUGCUUCUGCGAAUGACUGGUCAGCUGUUGUUUCGAAUGUCGUGGGAGGAAAAGCUGGUGGAAAGGGAUCCACCUCGAUUGGAAAUGGCGUUAACCCCCACAAAGUCGACGAGGCCGUCGCGCUGGCAUCUGCUUAUUUGAGCAAAUUUCACUUAUAAGUAAUAUUCUGUAGGUGGUGCGCCUUUCUUUGUC